AAAUUAACAUCAAUUCUGGAAAAAGAAGGAAAGAAGAAGAGAAAAUUAACAUCAUGUUUUACAAUAAUAAAUAGACAUAUAACAAUGCACUGGGCUGUUGAAAGCAUUAGACGAAUUCAAUACCGAAGGUACGACCAAAAUUGCGGUGUUAGAAUCCUCCAUAGAGCGAUUAGCAUCUGUUGCUGAAACCGAACCAAAUGAGAAGAAGAAAACUGAGUUGUUGUCCAUCGUUGAGAGCUAUAAGGAGCAAUUAAAUAUGUUCUUGGUGGUCUUUCGCAAGGCUAAUGUCGUUAGCACUUGUGUCAUAGAUAAAUUAGCUAGGGAGAAUCUGCUCUUCUUGCCAGAGGAGUGGCAAAAUGCUCUUCGUAAACGACGAGACAAAUAGAGUUUGAUAGAUUCUUCUAGCCAAAUCACAGACAAAUUAUUCAGCAUCGUAAGGCAUCUAGCUGAGACAACUCAGAGAAGUGCUCAUAUAUAUUGGACAUAUUGUGUGAUUGUAUUUCUUUUAAUAACUGUUAUCGAAAAAUAAACUCAGAAACAGCAUUCCAUUAAAAAAAACAAAGAUGACCUUCAAAUCUUGAGAAUCAUUUGAAAAAAGCGUUACCGCCGCAAGGAUUACUUCUGCACCAUUAACAUCCUCUGACAAGGUUGAUAACACGAGAAACGAGCUGGAACAUCAAGAGCAAGUGAUAGUGCAAUCGGGAAAGCUCUUAGGAAAAUAUGGUAAAUGCGAAGUCACUGAUGAAGUAUUACUUGCAUUGGCCUUCGCGUUCUUCUUCGCCUGCGUGUUUUACAUUUCACAAAAGAGACUGUUCUGAAAGCCCUUUGUAUGUGAUAUUAAUGAAAUGGAUUGAUCAUUUACGAUGAUAUUGCGAUUGUAACAUAUUGCGCAGGAACUCUCACGAUAAAUGACAUAAAGAAUGUAUGUACUAUUUAAGAGGAGAAAUCGGCCAUCAUUAAACAGCAAGAAAAAGGUUGCGCUCGAAAAUGAACCUGGAAUCAGACAGUCCGUUACUAACAGCGAUUACUGCUCAUCCAAAUAUCCAAGAGAGCUGAUCGACCAUGCCGUUCACGAUCGAUGCUGUAAAAGACGAAGAUCGCUGAAGCGAUCGUCACCGUCCUUAUCGAAACUGUGGAAGACGAUUUGCGUGUAUCUGGUUGGGUCGCCCAUAGGAAUAGUUUUUGGCGUAUGCUGGUUUCAAAUCGCUAGGCGUCGCACUGUUUGCGCAACAUCUCCGCCGGCGGACCGUAUAGUCGUCAGUCCCGAAAAGACGGGACUCUGCUGAAAAUAUUUGAGCGAACGUUAAUUUAGAACGCGAUGUCGUGAACUUCUCGCGAAGAAAUAAAAAAGAGAUCUUUCCUUCUAAGUAUUCUCUUGACGCGUGAAAAAUUGGUCGCAAGUUUUGAUACUUUUUUUGUAAUCUUUUCUCGUAAGUUCUUGUAGUAUGUAACGAUUACCGUGCGCGUGUUAGCUCGUUUCAUGUAGUGAAAAGUAAAAAUAAGAAUUCUGAAUAAUUUUGUAUACUAAUAUUUCUUUCGUAGUCAUAACAUAAAAACUUAUGCAAUGUGACUUAA